UGAUUGGUCCAAUCCCUGGCAAUAUCGAGAUGACGGUUUGUCGGGGUUGUGGUGUGUCCUGAUGGUGAUCGAGAAAUAAUAGACUAACUGAAUUUACAUUCAAUAAAAAUAUUAAGUUCUUACAAUUUAAAUUUUAUUGUUAUGUGUAUAUGUCAUCACUGAAGUGUUGUGUAUAUUCCUGUACAUAUGGAUGUCAUUUGAUACCACAAUAUUAGGCCUAGCAUUGAAAUCGCAACUCAAGUAUUAUGAAAAUUUUCACUCGCGUUUUAUGAAUAUCGUCUUAUUUACGUUUAACAGAUAUGGUGAUCUAAAAAAAAUAGUGUGCAAAUGUGGAUUCAUGUUAAGUUCUUGUGUUCAACCCUCAUUUGGAAACAACAUAAAAUUAAAACAUAAUCGAUAUUAGCGGUUAAAAUGCUUAUAAGUUGUUCGGCAUUAGAUCGUUAUAUUAACUCCGAAAGUAACCCUUUGAUUACAAGAUCGUUUUCGUAGGCAUGUCUUCCAUGGAUUCAUUAUAUCCAUAUUUGUGAUGUUUAGGAAACUGUGUUGUCAUAUAUUGCCGAAAAUAGCGAGAUAAAACAGUUGUAAAUCGGAGUCUCAUAUUAUUUCCCUUAGUCAUGACUUCUGCUCACCCGGGAGCCAAUUUGACUGCUACUCCUUUUGUAGACAAAAUUGAUCCUUUUAAAAAGGGAUCAUUAAAACGUAAACCAAAGAAAUCUCAAGGAUCCUCUAGGUAUAGGUCUACAAAUGAUGUAGAGCUCCAAGCUUUGCCCCUGCUGAAGGAUGUCCCUCCAACAGAACAAGAAGAAUUGUUUAUACGAAAAUUAUUACAGUGUGCUGUUGUGUUUGACUUUAUGGAUCCUGUGUCAGACUUAAAAGGCAAAGAAAUAAAACGAGCCACACUAAAUGAACUGGUAGAUUUUAUUACAGCAGGUAAAGGAGUCUUGACAGAACCAGUAUAUCCAGAAAUCAUUCGUAUGAUUGCUUGUAAUUUAUUUCGUACAUUGCCACCCAGUGAAAAUCCAGAUUUUGAUCCUGAAGAGGAUGAUCCAACUCUUGAAGCUUCUUGGCCACAUUUACAGUUGGUCUACGAAUUUUUCCUGAGGUUUUUGGAGAGUCCAGACUUCCAGCCUGUGAUUGGUAAAAAAGUCAUUGACCAGAAAUUUGUCCUUCAGCUUUUGGAAUUGUUCGAUAGUGAAGAUCCAAGAGAAAGAGAAUUUUUAAAAACUGUACUACACAGGAUAUAUGGAAAAUUCUUGGGUUUGAGGGCUUUCAUUAGGAAACAGAUAAAUAAUAUAUUUCUUAGGUUCAUUUAUGAAACGGAACAUUUCAAUGGUAUUGGUGAACUGUUAGAAAUAUUGGGCAGCAUAAUCAAUGGUUUUGCUUUGCCUUUAAAGGCUGAACAUAAACAAUUUCUGGUCAAAGUCCUCAUUCCACUUCAUACUCCAAAAUCUUUAGGGCUUUACCAUGCACAGCUGGCUUAUUGCGUGGUACAGUUCCUUGAAAAAGAUGCUACGCUUACGGAGCAAGUUAUACGAGGCUUGCUGAAAAUAUGGCCUAAAACUUGUAGUCAAAAAGAAGUGAUGUUUCUGGGAGAAAUUGAAGAAAUAUUAGAUGUGAUAGAACUUUCUCAGUUUGUAAAGAUUCAAGAGCAAUUAUUUAGACAGAUUUCUCGUUGUGUGUCCAGUCCUCAUUUUCAGGUUGCUGAAAGAGCACUCUAUUUUUGGAACAAUGAAUAUAUCCUGAGCCUGAUAGAGGAAAAUAAUCAAGUCAUAAUGCCUAUUAUGUUCCCGGCCUUGUACCGUAUAUCAAAGGAACAUUGGAAUCAAACAAUUGUAGCUUUGGUUUAUAAUGUCCUAAAAACUUUCAUGGAGAUGAACUCCAAAUUGUUUGAUGAACUCACAGCUUCUUACAAAUCAGAAAGGCAAAAAGAAAAGAAAAAAGAGAAAGAAAGAGAUGAGUUAUGGAAGAAACUUUCCCAGCUAGAGUUGAACCACAAAGCAAAGAUCAACUCCAUCCCCCAUCACUCUCCGUAGUGGCUCUUUUUUCGAACACCCUUUCUUUUUGUAGAAUUUUUUGGGCCUCCACCUGUAAUGUAUAAAUUGACAAUUGUGUUUGAAUGUGGUCAAUACAUUUGGCCCCAAAAAGAUAAAAGUAUAGGUAUAUAUAAAAAAAUAAAUAAACAAAUGUGGCCCAUCCCCAAAUUCAGUUCUUCUAAUUGCUGUGGGAGACUUUUUACAUCACGGAAAACAACUCCUCCAGUCAAUGAAGAGGCGAUAAAAUAAAAAAUAAUAAACUUCCUAUUCAGUGUUCUUCGACAUGUAAUGGAAGUUUGCUGGGACAUUCGAUGUACCAUGCUGUUGGAAAAACAAAAACAAAUUUUCUAAUCUAUAUAUACAUAUAUAUAUAUACUGCUUGGAAGUAAAAUCAACACUUGCUAAAACUCCAGAAUACAUUUUUUGGAAGAAAAAAAAACAAUUUUUGUAAGAUUUAAGAUGUUUAGACAAUUAAUGUUUGUUUUUUCUCUUUCUCUUAUUGAUUUUUAAUAAAAAAAAAUUUAAUAAUGCAUGAAUCAUGAUGAGUAGCAGCUGUGAAUGAUGAAUGGUUGUUGGAAGAUCCACCCUCCCCCCUUCCUUUUUAUGUUUUUCUGCUUAUUUAUUAGUUAAGUCUAUUAGAUUGAUAUGAGAUUUAAGUUAUUUGCUCUUUUUUAUGUUUUAUUGCAACAAAAAUCUUAAAAAUGACUCAGCUUUUAUUCAAGAUUACCAUAAAUCGUAGCAAAAAAAUUUGGAAGGAAAAAGGAACUUUGGCUUCAUCAAAAAUUCAUCACAAAUUUAGUUUCCCUAAUUUUCUUUUUUUUUAUUUCUAAUAUAUAUUAUCGAGCAAGAAAAUGGGUAGUACUUUUUCAUCUUUGAAUAUUUAUUCUCGCAAGAGUAUAUAUUAGCACUUUACGAGGUGCUUUGUAGUUGUGCUGAUAGUUUGUACUGAUCACUCAUCAUCAUGAUUUUACUCAUUGUAAGUUUUCAAAUUUUUCACCCUCCCUUUUCAUCGACUACCUCAUUUUCUGCUGAGGAGUAUUCACUAUGUCAUGAAAUAUAAAUGAUUUUUAUCUGCCAUACCAUAAAUUAACUUUUUUUUUAAACUAACUUUAGACUUUUAAUUCAACAUUACAGGGAUUUAAUUAUUUCUCCUCGACAAAAUGCUUGGCUUUGUUCUUACUUGAGGUUCUACAAAAACUCAAAAUUCGUUGCAGCCAAUAUAGUAUGAAAUAUAUAGUAUCAUAACAGCAUUUUGCGUUAAAUUUGUGAGCCCUGGGUCCGAUUUUUAGGCUGGUAUUUGUAAAUCCCUAGACGCCCGGAUAAAACAAAGAGUGCGAAUCCUAAUGAUUAUUUUUAGUUAUACGAGAAAGUGCUGUACGAAAAGCGAUUUAUUUAUUAGUUUUACUCCUUUUGUUCUUCUCUACUGCAUAUAAAUUUGUAUUAUUUUUGAAUAAAUAAGUUUUCAGCUUCCUCAUCAAUCCAUUCAAAUCAUAAAAUUUUUAAGGAGUCUGCUGCUUGCGUCAUAGAAAUAUAGGAACUGUCAUGUGAUUCUAAUUUGCCACACACAUUUCUUUUUGUACUACUACAUCACUUACACAAUCUAAUUAGUUUCAUUAUCAAUUAGCUGAAUCAUCCAAAAAGCUUAUAAAGAAGCUACCAUGGUUGGCCAAAGCUUUUUAAUGAGUUCUAAGCAACUCGUGAACCAAGAGUUUCUUCCGAUGGGUGAAAUUUCGGACACGUUUAAGAUUGCUUUGACUGUCAAGAUGCAGUUUUUAUAUAAGUUUGCUUUUGUUUUUUAACGACUAGCUAAUUUCUUUAGAUUUCUUUUUUUUUGUCACCAUUUUUGACAAUAGGCACAUAGUUAUAGAAAUGAACUAUGUAACGAGGUACUUUUCUAUAAAGAAAUACUUUUUUUUUGUUUCCUCUAACAGUCAGGCAGGCUUACAAAUAUUUCAUCAUGGUCCCUCCAUUGUCAGGUCACAUGGAAUUGUAUUUUGCAUGUUGUGAUCUUGUCAUGUAAAUAAGGAACGAAACAAAAAUAAUUCAUUUUCAAUUGCAUGAUAAUUAUUUUUUUUUAUUUGCUCAAUGCCAUGAAAGCAUUAUUUUUAGUUUUUUCACAUUAUUGCUCUCAUUCUUUAUGAAGAAUUGUUCUCAACCUCAUGUCCAGGGAGUCGUUGAAUUUUAAUCAAAAUGUAACUAUAGUUUUCUGCUAAAUUUAAUAAAGUUUUAUUUCUACUUAAAGUGCAGUGUUCAACCAAACGAAUGAACCGCUUUCUAUUGACUCUCGAAAUUCUUUUAAAAACAUUUUAUAUAGUGGCUAAUAGGAGAGAGUAUUUCUUUGUUGCCAAUCAUACGAAAGAUUGCUCACAAACUUAAGAGUCUGGCGGAUUUUGAAAUCUCCGUCUGCUUUUCUAUCUCAAGAUAAUAAAAUAAAAGGUAAUGCCUACUGUACUUGACGCAUAACUACUUUCAGAAGAAAAUUUUAUGAUUAAAUGUCUUAACUCUAUUAAAGGUUUUUAAUUCACAACUCUGUUUUUAAAUAUAUUUUUUUUUGUAUAGACUUUCGAGUUCUUAAAAAAGUAUUAAAACCACUUUUUAUCUGCUUUAAAAAAUGCUGAUAAGAUUGCGGUUAAAAAUUCUUUUUGUUCUUUCUUAUUAUGCGAAUAAACCGAAUGUCUCAAAAACGUUGAGACCGCCAAGUCCAAGUUAUUCAGGCUAUAUUUCAAAACUAGCAUUUUAAGCCUUAAAUUUAGUAGGCCUGAAAAGAAGUAAUUAUGAGAAUGCGUAAAUAAAAUUUUACAUUUUUGUUGUAAAUUAAACAUUUCAUAUUUUGUAAAAACCUUAUUUAAAUAUAAAUAAUGCAUGACAAACUUUUACAUUUGCAUAAUAUUUAAAGGAAGUCUUGUCUACAACAACUAAGGUGGCGCGAAUCUCGGGCAUGUCUUAAAACAUUCUCUUUUUAUAACUCAGAAUUAUAUGCAGAACUUCAAUCGUUACCUGCUACAGGAACAAUUUUGUCCAGUUACAUAAUCUAGUGUAAAAGUGCCAUUCUCUCUACCUGGAAGCUUUUCUUUGAAAGAGGAAAAAAUUUUAAUUUAAAUAAAAUGCAGCACUGAAUUUGUUCCAAGAUAAAUUAUAAAGUUUUUAAUUUGUGUUUAAAAUUAGAUUUUAAGUAUACAAGUCACGCUUUCAUCGAUAAACAUUAUCAGAAAAACCCAGUGUUUCUUAUUUUAUUUAAGAUUACUAAUUUUCGUGUUUUUCUGCGGAUGGUUGACUGAAUGUAAGCAAUAACAAGCUUCCUAAAACUAGAAGGAAUUUAGAAAACGUCCGGUUUAUCCCUCCGCUUAAGUUUCGCUUGCAAGGCGAUGUGGAAACAGGCUUAAUAUUCCAGGUAGUUUUAUUGUGGUUUGUGUUUAAAUUUGCCCUUAAUUUUACCAUUCAUAAAACUUUUCUGCAAUUUAUAAAUUCCAACAGGUCUCGAGCCUAAAACAAAUUUAACAAAAUUAAUAUCUCGCCAUAAAUAAAGUGUAAGGUUUGCUAUGUUUUUUGUGUUAUCCCUUAGUUGGCUAUAUUUGUGUAAAAUAGCCCCGUUUUUUAAUUUUUGGGUAGCAUCAUAGCAAGCUUUCGGGGUCUUCCUAAUUCAUUUGCUGUUUGUUUUGUUGAAAGUUAAAUUUAAAAAGCGUGUUAUAUUGAAUACAUUUGGAUGACUGAUUUUUGCAAGCUUGGGCGUAAAAAUCAGUCGGAAAUAGUAACCCAGAAUUCGAAUUUUUACCCCCCAGCGCCAUCUGUGCUUAGCUUUACAUGGUCAACCAUCCAAUUGAUAACAUUCUCUGCAGGGGGUUGAGAACUUCACAUCACACUGAUCUGUAAUUAUUUAAAUAUUGAAAUUUAAGACUAUAAAUCAAAAAUAAUUCCAAUAAACAAAGUGUCUAACACAAUUGUGUAAUGUUUAAAUGUAUUGAUUUUUCUGUCAAUAGGUUUUUUCUUUCUGCUGUUUUUAUGUGCAAUUGAUGUUCAAUAAAACUAAUAAUAGUAGAAAAUUCAUAGAAAUAAUUUAUUUAAUGCAACUUUAUUUAGUCUCUUAUCUUUUUCAUUUAAAAAUUGUUUAUAAUUUUUGAAUAAUUAAAUUUAAAAAAAUGUUUUAGCUCAUGCUUUAUUCUUUUGACUUACACCGGUAUAAUAGUAUGUGAGCAUUGAAAGUAGCAUUAAGUUUAAUUCUGUAAACAUCAAUUUCUGAAAAUCUUAUACAGAAAGUUAAUGUGAAUAUAAUUUGUAUGAUAUUGUGAAAAUAAAUUGCUCCUGAAAAAAAAAGAUACAA